AUGUGGCCACUCUGGAACAUCUUCCGCCCGCACUGCAGCGUUGCCUCCAUGGCGCUGGUCCUGGUGCUGCUUGGCACAUGCUGUCAUCCGGCGACCGCUGCGACAGGCAGCAGCGGCAUCGUUGAGGCCGCCAGCGCUGUAAACACCGCGCGCAUCUCCAACUCCCACUGGGACAUCACCGUCGCCCUGAACGACCCAGCAUAUGGCGGCAUCACGUAUCUCCUCGAGCUCCGCUACUUCCAGCCUGCCUUCCAAGAGUGGACGGUGAACCUGGCCUUCGCCUUCAAGCACUUGGGCACGCAAGGGGCGUCCAACGCCCGACUCAGCACCACGUCGAUCUCGCUCGGGGAUGACCACACAUGGCUCCCCGCGACCGGCGGCGCUGUAAACAGCAGCAACGCCACGUCGCUGGUCAUCUCCAAGAUCCGGUUGGGAGACGUGGCCGAGGAGGAGUGGCUGCUGACGCUGGGGGGUGCAGGAGGGCACACGUCCGGGCUGCAGUGGGACGUGCAGCGGACGUACCUGAAGGAAGUGAGGAACCUCACCGCGUCAAGGUACCAGACGUUCUCAACGGCCGCCCAGUACACAACCACCGGAGAGCACGGCGCAGCGCAGCAGGCUCAAGUCCCAUCCACUGUGGACCCCUCCUUCGUGUGGAACACCACUGGCCUGGGCUUCAAUGUGCAGCUGGGCAACGUGGUGCCGAACGGGGAUGCUGGGUUCUGGACCUACAGCUACACUCCCCUCCCGGAAUCCAACAUCCUGAUGUCCCCAUCCAGCGUGGUUUGGAACUCAUCCUUCACUGCCUCCUCCUCCUCGACCAGUCUCGCGUUCCAGUGGCCAUGGUAUCCGGGAACCGGUGCCGGCGACACGUCCAUCGCCAUCGGCCUCAUCGCGAACCCCGCGUUGCAGCCGCAUCGCGCAGGGGGCGAAAGAGAGAGCGUUUCCUGGACCCUCGUGUUGGCGGACACCGCUGUAGCCGAAGGCCGGAGCCCAGUGCACCUCAACACCAACGACGAAGCGUACGACCGCCUGGCCAGGUCUCUUGGCACGACCUUCAACAUGUGGACGGGGAACUUCCUGUCCAACUCGCCUUCCUCGUGCACCUGCAUCUUCGAGCUCGGGCUGUUCCCACAGAUGGCGUCUGUUUUCGCCCCGCCGAUGGUGUCCCCUGCAGACCCGCGUUCGCAGGGUAACAGCACCCGGCCCUUGCUUCACCAAGCACUGCGACACAUGCUCUCUGUCUUCGCCAACACUGCCGUGUGGCCGGACGGUUACGUGUACCCAAUAUGGCAGCAGUACCGAUAUCUCAGCGGCAGCUAUGUCACGGACAAACACCAGCACGAUCAGGUUCUCCAUUUUCUCCUCGGGUACUACCACUACGCCGUGCUGACGGGUGACAAAGACUUCAUCAUCCAGGUGUGGCCAACGCUAAUGAAGGUGAUGGACUACGUGCUUUACACCAUGCAGCUGUCAACGGGCCUCGCUACCACCCCCGGGGUCAGCGGGAACGCGAACACGAACAACGCUGACAACUGGUUCGACGUCAUCGACUUCGGUGGGAAAGAUGCAAUCAUCAACGGGCUCGCGGUGCAAGCCCUCAAGGGUUAUGCGGACCUUGCCCGCUGGUUGGGUCAUCCCGCCCUGUCGGAGCGCUUCCGCCGGCUGCACCAGCAAAGCGUCGCGGCGUUCAACCACGCGUUCUGGAACGAAGAGGAGAGCCUUUUCAGCGAUUGGGUCGAUGAAGAAGGCAAGAAGCACGACUUCUUCUACAUGUACACACAGUCUCUGGCCAUCGAGCCCCUCGGAAACAUCACCACCAAGGCACAGCGGCAGGCGAUGCUCCGCGCCUUUGAUCGGAACUACCGCCGCAUCUACGCGCAGACCAACACAAGCAGCAAUGAGCUUUGGUGCACGCCGACAAACUUCGUAAGCACAGGACCCUUGUACAGCUUCAAGAACGGAACCCUUCAGAACCAGAAAGUCUUCGGAAACUACGAGAACGGCGCUUGCUUCAUGUUGUUCGGCGCCAUGGAGCUCGCGGCGCGCGGGUAUGGCGGCGACGGCGCUGGGAGCCUCAAGCGGUUCCGCGCGAUCCUGGACAAGUACAACAGCACCCGGCUUUGGGGGCAACACUACAACUGGCUGAAGCCCACCGGCCGCGCAUUCGUGGGGGCUGACGUGCUGACAAACACAGUGAUGAGCCUCCGUGGCUUCAUCCAUGGAGCUUUUGGCUUCCUUCCCACCUUGCUGGAUGGGGUGCAGGUGGUCGCCGAAGCUGCUCCGAGGGAGUUGGAGGGCGCCUCUCACGACUUCUACCACCUGGGAUCCCUGAAGCGCGUGACCAUCGUCAACGGCAAGGCCGAAUGCUCCCUGCAGCUGACGGUGCUGUCGAUCGACGGCUACCUCCGCCCCGCAGAGGAGAUCCCAAAGCUGGAUUCCGGGGCUGCCAACAUGUCGCACGAGGAGGCCGUCAACUGGCAGCGUGUGGCGGAGGAUCUCCAAUGGGAGAGGUUCCAGAAGGACGACGCAGGCUUCUCUUCGCCAGACGAGGUCGUCCUCAUCGCCGACGAUAGGGUGGCGGGCUACAAGCCGCUGGUCGAUGCGGCGGCACGGAUUCUGAUCUGCUCCUCCUCAGAGGCCGGCUGCUUCCAAGACUGCAUCCUUGCCCGCGUGGCCUUGCAGGAAUACACCGGCCGAAUCUGGCCCACGCAUACCCGGCGAGCGCGACAACUGCUGAAGUGGGCCCAAGAAGCCCGUUCCACUGCUUCGAAGAUGUCCAUUCUGGAUGAGGCGUGCCGACCUGACGAGUACCGGGGCCAGCUCUCCAGCGAGGAGCUGACGUCCUUUGCCGCGCGGCUCGUCUCCCGUUUCUGCCGGGAGUCGCACCUCGGGGAAGUCUCCGCCCUGAGACCGAGGGACAUUCCCUGGUGGCUUGCGCGGGUCGAGGGCCCUGCGGCCAAGGCUCCCGAGCGCACGGUGCGGCAGCUGCAGCAGGUGCGAAAGAAUGUGAUAUCCGGGUUCGAGUCGGCCGCCCGCCGUUUUGCCGCGCAGGUGACCCAGCGCCUCAUCCGGGGCUCACGCCGCGAUGCCGAGUCGGCGCUCCAGGAGCUUGCGGACUACCGCCUCUCGCAGCAGGCGAUGUCGCAGGAGGAGAGGGCGAGGUGGAGCUCCGUGCUUUGCACGAGGGAGGUAGGACCUGGGGGCGAGAUCCUGAGCGUCGAAGUGCUCCGGUGGGCGUGGGCACGGUUGAAGGAGCUGCAUAGCCAGCCGGCGGCCUUCAGCCACGCCAGGCCUCAGCUGGACCUUGUCCUCUCCAUCAAUGCGGCCGACGAGGACUUGAUCCCGUUUCGAAUCCUGCUAGCCGCCGACGCGGACAAGUUGGAGCACAUUUGCUUGGCCGUGGACAUGGUUCUCUUCUUCGGUCGCCUGCACUUCCUCCGGCAACGCAUGUGGGAUGCCUGCCCGUCAGAGACGGCCGCGUGGGCUCGAAAGGACCUUGCGUAUUUAGACUCCGGCCUGUGUGAGGUGUCGGCCUUUUCAGCCCGUGCUUUCGAGACCUUGGAGACGCGUGAUAGGUCCCUGACGCCUCCGGCUCUUUCCCUGGCGCGGGCACUGCAGGGACUGGCGCGGCCCCUCCUGGAAGGGGAGGCCAGGAUUGACCUAUAA